GGGAAGCGGCUCCGAGGGCAAUGGCUGCGCGGGCAGCGCCCGCGUCGCGUCUCCCGGCGGCCGUGGGGGCUCUCGGGGCCGCCUUACCCGGGCCCCGCGUCCCCCCGGAGGCCUUCCGCCUCGCCAAGCUCGGCCGACCCCAUGCGACUGUAGUAUUCUGGAAACUACUGUACUCUCUUCUGAAGCAAUUCCAAGGUGGAGGAUGGAUGGAGACUGCUGACACAGGUAUCCAAAUCAGAUUCGUCAGGAGUGUAGUGUUGAGCCUUGGCUACAGAAGACCAGAAUUUUAUCAGCUUCCGUCUGAUGGUUCAGAGGGAAGCAAAGAACUACUAUUGGUAUUUUCCUGGCUUCUAUGCAGAAUCAGCUUAAUGGAGCAGUUACUGGCCCUAAAUAGAGUGAAACUUUGGGAUGAAGCAACUGUUUGCAUGUGUGAUACCCCUUUGAAAAGCCUGCAGGAUGGAGAAAGCCUGGCUCCAAAAUCUCAUAUGAAAGGCCAAAGGGAUGUCCGAUACCUGCAGUGGUUAAAUGGCCGUCUGCAGUUCCAGUGGCGAAAAUGCCACUCUGAACAGCAAGAACAAUGCAAGCUCCUGAAUAAGGUACAUUCAUACACAAUUGGUUCUCAUACUGAUCCCAUUAUUGGCCAUUUCUCCAUCACAGAAGCGGAUGUUGUAAGGCAACCAGAGAAUUACAAACAGUUGUUGCAGUUUGUUGAAUCGGAUAGCUCUCGACUGGAAGCCUUUCUCAAGUGGAAGCUCCUGGAACCAGUUUACUGGCAUUGGAUGGAGACCCUUUUCAGUCCUGAAACAGAAGGUGCAAAACCCAACAACACGUUUAACAAGGACACCAUUUUGCCAAGUGCUGAUCUGUAUUGUUAUGGCAUUAAGAGAACAAUUCAAGAACUGGACAGAUACAGGAAAGAUCUGUUGACUCUAUAUGAUGGGCUGGGUGAGCUUAUAGCCAACAAGAGACUGAGCUGCUGUGGAACGGUCCGAGCAAGAGAGCAGGAACAGCUAGGAGAGAGCGAGUUCUGCGGGGCUGUCAAAAAAGCACAAGACGCCGUGGAGCUGAAGCUGUCUGAUCUGAAAUGCCACAGUAGUGGCAAUAGAAUCGGCACGAUGCAUGGACCAUACAGACUUGUAUUUAAAGGCAAGUGUUUAAAGACCACCAAAACGGCCAGGUCAGCAAAACCCCAGAAAUCCAUCGCAGAAGGUGCAACAGCAACAGAUGUGAUCAGGGAUCUGAGAAAAAAAGAAGCAAGGCUGAAGGCAGAGCUGAAGCGGAGACAGGAAGAAGGCAGGCAGAAGGUUUAUGAAGCUGCCCAAGGACUUGGCCAGGUGCUUUGCAUCCCACCAAUGAAAAGACCACAAACCAGAGAUGCUGACUGAAUGUAGAAGUUGGUGCUGUUCAUUAUCUAUGAAGGGACAGUCUUGGGCCUUCCAUGAGGCUGUUGUCCAUGCCUGCUCCGACCUUCUAGGAGCAAUUUGUAUGA